AUGAGCGUUGCAAGCGAUCUUACUUUGAAUUUGGAAAAUCCAGAAGUUUUAGCCACCAUGCCUGAUUUGCAAAUUGACCCGACUACUCUCUUCCCAGACCUAUCACAGGAGCCGUUAAUAGAAAAAGGAAAUCAAAGAAAAGUUAAAACCCAAGAAAUAAAAGUUGAUACUGUCACCGAACACCCAAAAAAGGGAAAAGAAAUGAUAUCAAGGAAAGACAAAGUUAAAAAAGCGGCUAAAUACAAAAAACAAGACUCAAGACAGAAAAAGAAAUUUAAUUCUAGAAAACAAACAGAUAAAGAAAAUGAAUCAAAAAAAGCACAGACAAAUAAAUACGAGUUCAGUGACUGCGAGUGCCUUAUAUGUGGUGUUCUCUACAUUGAAGAUACGUCAGGAAAUGACUGGGUCCAGUGUCUAAUAUGUAAUAAAUGGGCACAAGAUGGAUGUAUUAAAGGUAAAUCUACAUUAUUUACAUGCCCUGGGUGUUUAGCUGAUUGUGAUUACAAAUAA